AUGCAGGGCCUCGCAGGUGGGAGCCUCGCUCCCCUGGGCCUGCUCCUCAUCUGUCUGUACCUGCCAGGCCUCUCUGCGCGGAGCAUUGGGGCACCGGAGGAGAAAGCCUCCCCGCGUUCGGGACAACCUUCCUUCACCAGCCUCUCCAGCUCCGGGCAGCCUCAGCCCAAGCUCGAUCCCCUCAAUAAUGAGUUACCAAGGGCUCUUCCAAGGCUCGGUGACUCCCCGCCAGGCGGCGCUGGAUCUGAGGGGCCCAGAGGGCCUCCCUUCUGGAGCCCGUCCCCCUGGCUCUCAGAGGACCCUCAGCAAGGCGUGGCUGCUGCUGCCCAGGAGGCCGGGGACUACUUGGAGCAGGAGCCGCCGGAAGCCCUGCCAUACCUUCCCGGAGGCGGUCCUCUGCCCGUGGCUUCCUUUGCCCACGUCAGGCAACCCUCACCAGAGACUUCCCGGCCUCAGGACUCAGAGCCCACAUGGCAGCCCGGCUCCGGUCCACCGGGAUCUGAGGCAGAAGCCCUUGCCCAGGGCCCGUUCUGGUUCCUCACCCACAGCUUUCUGCCUGCUUUACCCGGGAGCAGCCUAAAUGCCAGAGCAUCUUGGGGAGGUGGAGGGGCUGGAACCGGGUGGGGAGCCAGGCCCAUGCCAUACCCUUCUGGAAUAUGGGGUAGCAAUGGUCAAGGAUCAGGUGCUAAAUUGGGGGUUAAUGGCCGGAACCCAGUAGGCAUCUGGGGGGGUAAUGGCCGGUUCCCAGCAGGCGUCUGGGGGGGUAAUCGCCUGUACCCGGCAGGCGUCUGGGGGGGUAAUCGCCUGUACCCGGCAGGCGUCUGGGGGGGUAAUCGCCUGUACCCGGCAGGCGUCUGGGGGGGUAAUCGCCUGUACCCAGCAGGCGGCUGGGGGGGUAAUCGCCUGUACCCAGCAGGCGGCUGGGGGGCGUAA